UUUACCAUCUGGUAACACUGCCAGAUAAACUAAAAAAAUCGAAUUGAUUUAUUUAAUUCCACGGAAGACGCGACGUUGACUGAAAAGCUAAGACAUGUCCAACGAAAAAGAGGACGAGUGCGACAAGCACAAGCAGCAGGUGACGGCGGACGCCAAGUCCACGUCGAGCGAGGAUUCGGAUGAGUACCAAUCGGCCGGUGAGGGCGAGGAUGGCGACGGCGAUGGUGACGGUGAUUCCCCAGCGGAGCACCCGCCUGACAAAACCAGCCCAACGGUCGCCGUCACGCCCACAGCAAAGGCAACAUCGCCACGGCCCACUGUGAAGCCAACAUCCGAUGCCCUGGACUAUCCUAUGCACCGGAGUGUUUUCGAGGACGACAUCAAGUCGCUGCAGCGACGACUUCUCUUGAGCACGGCCCAAGACGAAGUGGGUCGAAAGGAUAAACACGGCAAUACGCCACUCCAUCUGGCCGUAAUGCUGGGCAGAAAGCACGCUGUCCGUUUGCUUCUGGCCCAAAACGCCCCCGUAAAGAUCAAGAACAAUGAGGGCUGGUCCCCGCUGUCCGAGGCCAUUAGCUACGGCGACCGCCAGACAAUCACACAGGUGCUGCGAAUGCUAAAGCUGCAGUCCCGCGAACACAUGGAGAGUCGGCGCGAGAAGCUGGUCAACGCGCUGCGCCAGAUGCAGGACUUCUACAUGGAAUUCAAGUGGGAUUUUCAAUCCUGGCUGCCACUGGUAUCCCGCAUCCUGCCCUCGGACAUCUGCCGGCUUUACAAGUCGGGCGCCUCAAUUCGUUUGGACACCACACUGGUGGACUUCAAUGAUAUGCGUUGGGAGCGAGGGGACAUAUCGUUCUUGUUUAGAGGUGAGGCGCCGGCAAGGGAAUCACUGGUUCUGUUGGACAAUGAGCAGGAGUGCUUUCAGCGGCUGCGAUACGAGGAAUCAGACAUGGAGGAUGAGGUGGAUGUGCUCAUGUCGACCGAUAUACUGGCCACCCAGAUGUCCACCAAGACGAUACAAUUCGCACGGGCGCAACGCGGCUGGAUAUUCCGCGCCAAUCGCAAGGAGCUAAUUGGGGGCCAAUACCAGUGCGAAAUCUACACCAUCCAGGGCUUAAUCCUGAAGCAGCGUAAGAGGCGGGAACACCUGUCACACGAGGAUCUACAAAAGAACCGCGCCAUUGUCGAGACUAUUACCAAGGGUGGCAGCCAGCAGCCGGAUACGCGUCGCUCCAGCCUAGGCAGCCAGCACACGGCCACGCCGCCGGAGACCAAUACACCAACGGCUCCAAAUGGCAUCUCACUGCCGGAGCUGCCGCGUCGCAGCUCGCUGCAGGCCCCGCCGCCUCCCACAGUCACUUGGCGUCAGUAUCUCGAUGCGGAGGUCGGAAAGUGCCCGCAACUGGGCCGGACACCCGUGCACAAGCAAUCCAACAAGACGCUGCGAGCAACGGUAGCCAUGAGCAAGGAUUUUCCACUUAGCGUGGACAUGCUGCUGGACGUUCUGGAAGUCGUGGCCCCCCUAAAACACAUCAACAAGCUGCGCGAAUUCGUCACGCUGAAGCUACCGACGGGCUUUCCCGUGAAGAUUGAGAUACCCGUACUGCACACGGUGACCGCCAAGGUGACGUUCCAAAAAUUCGAGUUCCGCGACAACAUCCCCGCCAAGAUGUUCGAGGUGCCAUCGCACUACUGGGAGGAUGUGCGUCGCUUUCAGGACUUAUGACCAGGCGACGGAGAAGCCGCGCCAAAGGCCAAAGCACCAAGCGGCGGACCGACCGGAGCAGCGACUGGCGUUCGUGUCGACUUGAAUCGCAAUGCGUCCUCGCCCUCCAUUGCGGAGUUCGAUUAAUGAGGCGUCUACCGCGACACACGCCUCUCAUCCUGCCCGUCCGCCUGUCCCACACAUUUCAUGCCGCGUUUUGUGAUCACUCCAGCAAAAGUCGGAGGAUACAGCUCGAACGCGGGCGGCUUGGUAUGCUUAAGAGGAAAAAACCCACAAACAAAAUUGCAAUUUUCACUAUUAGGAUGGAAUC